AACUUCGUAACGCUUGUCGCUUCAUCAUCGCUCUCGCCAUCAGCCGCCCACAAGUGCAGUGCCCGCGUUGUCCGCCGCGACUGGAGCCACCCAUACAGCUGGCGCAUAGCGGUAACAAUUACAAUGUGAUGCCGUUCUGUACCAGCCUCCGGCAGAAAGCACACGACUCGACCUCUCCUUCACCUGCUUCCGGAGCGGACUGAGGGGAUCUCUCCCCCUUCCGGCGUCCGCCAUGUGGCGAGACCGCACGAACCUCUAUAUCUCGUACCGGCAGUCCUACGCCCACCACCCAACUCAGCGCAACCGGUAUGGACCAUCUAGCGCGGGCGACCGCUUCGGCGGCAGCGGCGCGAGCACGUGGGUCCUAUUUUCGGCAGACGAUGACCGGCGAGGACUCUUAUCCUCAGGCGCCUACGAUGUGGAUGACGGCGAUGCAGUCAUCGAGAUGGAUCGGCUCCCUCCCCGCUGGGCCGACGUGUCGGACGAGGUGACAGAGUUACUUGCGGACAUCGCGAGCAAAAGCCAGAAGCUGGAGAGGCUGCAUCAAAAGCACGUCCUCCCCGGGUUCAACGACGAAGAAGCCAAGAAGGCUGAGGAGGGCGAGAUUGAGCGGCUGACGCAGGACAUCACGCGUGGCUUCCACGAAUGCAACAGAUGCAUUCAGCGGAUUGGGCAGAUGGUGCGCGAAGGCAAGGCAAGUGGCCAGAUGACCCGCGCCGAAGAGACCAUGGCGAAGAACAUCAAGGUCAACCUAGCGACCAGGGUUCAGGAGGCGAGCGCUGGAUUUCGCAAGAAGCAGAGCGCAUACCUUAAGAAACUCAGGAGUAUGGCAGGAUUGGCAAACCCCAUUGAACGUUCUACCACCCCACUGGCUGGGGGUAGCUAUGCCGACCCGUCAAUUCUCGAAUCCGACGCAGACAGAAGCUAUUCGCAGUCAGCACUCCAGGCACCGGCUCACCAACAACUGCUUCAUUCGAAUGACGCCGUCAUAUCGCAGCGCGAGAGACAGAUCGAGGAGAUUGCGCAGGGCAUCAUUGAACUCUCCGAUCUUUUUCGCGAGUUGCAGACCAUGGUUAUUGACCAGGGCACUAUGCUAGACCGAAUUGACUAUAAUGUGGAGCGUAUGGCCAGCGAUGUGAAGGAAGCCGAGAAAGAGAUUAAAACCGCGGAGGGGUACCAGAAGAAGACGACUAAGAGGAAGAUCAUUUUCCUCCUGCUGCUGAUAAUUGCCGCGAUGAUUAUAUUGCUGGUUAUCAAACCGAAGAAACACGGGGCCACAGCGGUCGAGGACAGGUGACAAACUCUCACCUGGGGUGGAGCGAGGCAGACGAGUUAAUUGCUUGAAAUCGGCCACCAAGAGCAUGGCCACAUCAUGCAGAGCUUGUGGAUCUGGGAGCGUGUACGAGAGCGUGGUGUAUUUGGAAUUCGCACAGCAGGGUAGAGGAACUCUACGGGAGAAUGGUGAGGUUCUACGGUUCGAGUUUCUCUUCUUUUCUUUUUUUUUACCCUGUACACUACAUACAUACCAUCUAGAUCUUGGUAGCAAUGAGGCUUCCAGAAAGAGGACAGGAGAGGGACUGUUUCACGCCGGUUCUGAACGUUCUAACGGGUGAUUCGAGGAUCACCUAAGCCG